AACGCACCACGCCUGUCUGCUCUCUAGUUUCAGUAUGGCGGCUGGGACUUGCGGAGGAGGACAACUUCUUCUAGGUUCCUUCCAGAAAAAUGUAGGAAGGCGACGGGUGUAACACAAAACCAUCACGGCAAACGCAAGCUGGACUGUAAAAGACGACUACGGCGUAACUGGUGGCCUCUACUGAGGUUUUCCUGGAAGAUAAACGAUUUGGUGUGAUGCGCAAGGAGCCGCAGUCAAGAAACUCCCCUGAUUUUUCCGCGUCUGUCUCUGCUCUGACAGUCAGUUAGCCGGCUAGUUGCUAGGUAGCUCACCUUCAUGCUAACGUUCGCUUGUUGUACUCUGUAGUAGCCAGACACGCUAGCUUAGUCAUUUUAGUUGCUAAAGGAGAUAGGGAUGGCACAUCGCAUCCAUUCGGUAAGCAAAUUGGUUGAAAAGGGUGGACAAAAACAUUUAAGGACCUGAAUGAUAACUUUGUCAGCACUCACUAGCCUAGCCUGCUGGUCCAACGCCAGAAAACGUUGGCCGAGAGUUAGCGCUUCGUCUGUCCACCAGCUAGCCAAUUAGCAUUUUACUUAAAUAAGACGAUUUGCUAAUCCCCAACUCAUCCCGACUGAGUGUCCUGAAUGACUGAUUCAGACAGAGUGGACAUUGUAACUGCUUAAAUUGGCGAGCAUGAAAUGACCGGUAAUGUUUCAUAACUCUGGGUUCUUCUGGCGUUCAGUCUUGCUAGGUGUCGUUAGCGAUCUCGUAGGUGUUUUCUGGAGGGAGUGGUGACGUUAGGUGGCUAGUAAGGUUCCCUGUAUCAGGGCAACAAGGUCACUCUGAUUAUGUCUGUCUUUAAAUGGCACAUACAACAGUAGAUGACAGACCAUUAAACGAUAAACGUGUAAACCGACUGGAGUGUUGCAUGAUGGUCUGUGUUCGUUAGCUUACUGCAGGUUGAGACAUCACAGCUCGAAAGCGCGCAAUAAUUCGAUUAAAUGUUCCCGUAGACGUUAACCGAGUUGGCUGAUUUAGACUUAAAUUUAUCGGCGUGAACUACUGCUGUUUUGUAGGACUGAAGCUCAAGUUUGGUAACUAAUUUGUUCCUUCGCCUUCUUCACUGCUUGAAUAGUUUGAUGGACGUGAGGGGCUGUUUGCCAGAGUGUCAGUGCUAUACUCAGUCAUGUAUGUCUUGACACAUGGCACCUUGGUCUGUACAUAGUGUUUGCUGACAGAUUUUAGUGUCGUUAUGUAGCUUUAGUGGACAGUCAGUGAAAGGAAUGUCUUGUGUUUUUUAUACCUAUUGGUUUGUUUUUUUAUUUUCAUUUUUCUCAAACACAGGAGUGUCUUGUUGAUUCAGAGUGGGUAAGCGGUGCUGUCUGGGGUGUGUACUGUGGACAAUGCUUAUCAGUUAGUGCCUAGAAGAUUACAGGACUUAGAAUUCUGCCUACAUAUAGGCCAGAGAUAUUGUAGAUUUUUCUUUAGGAAUUGCAACAAAACCCUGCCAAUCUGGAUCAAGAAAAUCUGUCCCUUGUGUCUGGUUGGAGUAAUACUCUCAAGCCAAAAUCAAUGCCUUCAGCGCUGGCUGUGUUUGCCUGCCGACCAAACUCGCACCCAUUCCAGGAGCGGCAUGUGUACCUGGAUGAGCCAGUCAAAAUCGGCAGGUCGGUGGCUCGGUGCCGUCCGGCCCAGAACAAUGCCACCUUUGACUGCAAGGUGCUGUCCAGGAAUCAUGCUCUUGUAUGGUUUGACCACAAGACUGGCAAGUUUUACCUGCAGGACACUAAAAGCAGCAAUGGCACAUUCAUCAACAGCCAGAGGUUGAGUCGUGGCUCUGAGGAGAGUCCACCCUGUGAGGUCCUGUCUGGUGACGUCAUUCAGUUUGGCGUUGAUGUCACAGAGAACACACGCAAAGUCACUCAUGGCUGCAUUGUCUCAACAAUUAAACUCUUCCUACCUGAUGGGAUGGAGGCCCGAAGACGAAGCGAUGUCAUCCAGACUCCAUUACCACUACCAAUAGACAAGGUUGCAGCCAAUACUCCCAGUAUGUAUUCUCAGGAACUGUUCCAGCUCUCCCAGUAUUUACAGGAGGCCUUACAUCGAGAGCAGAUGUUGGAGCAGAAGUUAGCCACUCUGCAGCGUCUGUUAACCACCACUCAGGAGGCCUCAGAGAGCAGCUGGCAGGCUCUGAUAGAUGAAGACCGUCUGCUUUCCAGACUGGAGGUUAUGGGCAGCCAGUUACAAGCUUAUUCUAAGUCCCAGACAGAGGAGGGCAUCCGAAAGGAGCUCUUGGCUCUUCAGGAGGACAAACACAACUAUGAGACGACAGCAAAGGAGUCCCUGAGAAGAGUCCUGCAGGAAAAGAUUGAGGUGGUCAGGAAGUUGUCGGAGGUGGAGCGUUCGCUCAGUAACACAGAGGAUGAGUGCACCCACCUGAAGGAGAUGUCUGAGAGGAGUCAGGAGGAGCUGAGGGAGUUGUCCAACAAGUACAACGCAGCUGUAAAUGAGAUUAAAGAGCUCACUGAUAAAAUUAAGACAGCAGAGGGCCGGCAAGAAGAGCUGACUCAGCGAGGAGCGACAGAGAAGAGAGAGUUGGAGAUGAGGAUUGAGGAGAUGGAGGAGAAGGAGCAGGUUCUCCAGGCUCGCAUCGAAGCUCUACAGGCUGACAACGACUUCACCAAUGAGAGGCUCGCUGCUCUCCAGGCACGGUUAGAACAGCUACAAGAGAAAAGCAUUAAAGAAAACAACAGUCUCGAUGUCGACAUUGUCUCCCAUGGACCAGUAGAGGAACCUGUCGAAGACAAACAGAACCCGCAGACACCUGAGAGCCAGGAGGAAGAGGAUGAUGAGGGGGAUACAGACACCGAUGAUGGUGCAGUUGGUGAAGAUGGAGAUACUGAUGACAAUUGUCAUGUCAACAACAGUGGAGGAGACUCGACUCGAAUUCAACAGUUGAUUGAGUGUCCGCCUGUCAAACAGUUGAAGGAGACUGUAAGUUCUUCCAUUCACAAACUGGCCAACUUUGAUGAAGUCAUGGACGCCCACUUGCAGAACAACCAGACGACAGAGGACGACAUGCUAGGAAGUCCUGAUCGACUCAAAGGGAAUCAGAUGGAUGCCAAAGAGUCGGACAUGUCAGACACUCUGAGUCCCAGUAAAGACCGCAGCAGUGACGACACGUCAGAUGGUAAUAUGGAUGACCAGGAGCUUAUUGAACCACAGAACAGAGUAGCUCUGCUUAAAGUUGAGUUACAACGAGCAGGUUUAGAGCCUGGAGACACGGAGCAGGUCAUCCAUCAUCUUCACAGAGAGCUUCUGGAGGCUCAGGAAUUGGCAAAUACUGGCAAACAAAAAUGUCUGGAGUUACAAGCUCUGCUGGAAGAGGAGAGGAGGAGUAACUCUAAGUUGACUGAAGAGUCGACUAAACAGAUUCAGUACCUGCAGACUCAGCUUGGAAAGCUGCAGGCAGACAUGGAGGCACUGAGGGAGCAGAGGGAGAGCACCAUCUGCAGCACCAGAGAGGAGCUCUACUCAGCCCAGGAGGAGAUUCUCGUCCUACGACACGCCAUGGAGGCAGCCACCUCAGAGCGGGAACGUGAGAUUGCCGCCCUGCAGGCAGACCUGAGCAACGUACGCUCUGAGCUGGAGCACUGGAGAACCACUGCCGCCAAGUAUGAAGAAGAGAUCGGACGGCUUCAGGAGGCCUUUGUACAGCAGCAAGAGCAACAGAACACUGCCAACCAGCUGCAGGUGGAGUGUGUUACGUUGCAGCAGCGAUGUGUGUGUUUGCAGCAGGACUGUGACAGCCUGAGAACCGAGCGGAAAGCUCUCACAGAUAAACUGCAGCACCUGGAGGCUGAACUGAGCAGCACCAGGGAGCAGAGUCUGGUCCUAAGCAGCAGUCUGGAGUCUCUGGAGAAGAGGGAAGAGGUUUUGCAGGGCAAACUAGGUUCUCUGGAGAAUCAGCACAUACAGGAUGCAAGCCGACUGAAGAACCAGCUGGACCAGGCCCAGGCCCGCACACACACACUGCAGAAAGAGUACGAAGACACUCAGUCGCAACUCUUGGACCUGCGUCAGCGCUACGAGAAAACCGAGCAGGAGAAGCUGAACAUCCACCAGGAGCUGGAGCAGUGUAGGAGCAGCCUGAAGCUGCUGCAGGAUAAAACCAGCUCUCCAUCCAUAUUGCAGCCUGUCCAAGCCAUAUUCAUGGGCCUUGUCCUGGCUCUGCUCUACUGGUGUUUCGGCCAGUUGUGGUAGAAAGAGCGGCUGGAGCCCCUGGAUGCCGGUCAUCGCAGUGAUGGUCGCCGUGACGGCAGCCGUUCUCUACCCCAACCUCUCCAAAAGCAGCUCCACUUAGGACACACACACACACACACAGUGUUGUAAGGAGAGCAUCACUGCUUUACUUGUAUAAAGUGUAAUUGUACAUAAUUGUAGAGGGAAUAUAAAGGUUUUGGUUUCUACAGAGGUCUCAGAUGCUUUUUGGUUUAUUUUAAGUUUUUUCCUGAGAGGAGGAGUUUUGUUGUUUUUAUUCUCGGCUCUCUCUCAGCUGUGGUGGGGGCGUUUUUUGGUUUUUUUCUCAGUAAUGAAGCAUUCUUUGGCAGGCAGAGCUUCCUCAUGGAAAAAAGAAAAACUGCCCAACGUAACACUCACACUCUGUAACAGGACCGAGAGAACAGGAUGCUUUCCAGCAGCCUCGGUGCAGUCGGGUGGGGGCACAUGGAUGUCACUGUCAGCCUUGUGAUUUUCUGUUAGACAGUCGCAUAUUCACCUUUAAUUUUACUAAACUCGUCCAACCACCUGCUUCCUUUAGAUAUUGAGAUGUUUUCAAUAUAUAUUUUUUUUAAAUUUUACUACUAUGGUUAAGUACUAUGGUUGCUUUGGGCUGCCAAUAAUUAUAACUGUUUAAUUUGGCUGUUUCAUGACUAAAAACAUGGAUACAUUUCUUCUUGGAAUACAUUUGGUCUUAAUUGGCCAUUUAGAGGCUGAAUUAUCAGCUUAGAAAUUAGCGCAACACUCUAGUUGUAGAAGGUUAAUCUGAUUGUGUUCCUGUUCACACAGCAAAUCUGCAUCACAUCACAAAAAUAAUUGGACAUUAUAAGUAAACAAAGCAAACCAACAUGAUUUAAGUGUUAAUGCAGGCAGUUUGAGCACAAAUGAAGCACAAACAGUGACGAAAAGUGUGCCUGUUCACCUCCAUCAGUAUUGUAGUUAGGCUUACCUGAGUCACACCGGUGGCUUUGGGAAGGCCUGCUCUGCUCGGAUCUGUUCUUUCAGUCGGCCUUGUUGGAUGUCUAACAUGGCGUUCGACAUCCAACUGUGGUUGAAGCCAAAUUACUGAAAUCAAUCCAAAUUUAUUUUCUUUAUUUUUUCUCUCUUUUCAUUUUGGGAGGACAGAAAAGGGGGUCAAAGUGCCUCUGAUGUAACUAACAAACACCACAGUUUUUGCAGAGAACCACACACACUUUAUUGGAUUACCACACUUGCUUGGCUAACCUGACUGCCAGAGGCCUGUUAGUGGUAUGAGUGAGAUAGAAGAUCUAUGCUGUACCGACUUUUUCCAGAGCUGUCAACUUCACUGACUGGAGGAGAUCCAAUUUUAAGUUUUCAUAAUUAAAUCCUCCUGUAAUUAUUCAGCUGUUCCAUCAGGAUUUCCCAAAUCAAUAUAAAGUAUUCAGAAUGUUUUGUAGUUAUCAUGAAAUAAUAAUAAAUUAAAAAAAGGCAAAUAGUUUCCUUGGGGAGACAGGAAGCAACACAUUUCCUGGAAAAUGUGAGAUAACCAUACAAAUAUGAAACUUUUAUUAAAAACUGUUCCAGCCCAAAGCUGCUAAUUGUUCACUAGCUUGUGAGAUGGGAUGGAAAAGCUCAGGAAAAGUCAAACCUCAAGUCACAGGUUCAUUCUCGCAUUUCACAGCACCGCGACGCUUCGGUGCAGCUAAUAGACAACCGAACAUUAUCGUGAGUUGGGUCAAAAUGGAAACUUCUCCAACACUUCAGUCCUCUGAUGUCAGCGCAAACUACACAUACAAAGAAAUACAGCUUUGAUCACAUUUCCUGAUUUGGCUCUAAAUAAGCUCUAAUUAUGAAUAAAAUUAACCACGUUGACAUUUAAUAAGUGGUGGUGUAUUUUCAAAGCACAGACCUGUACUAACGGCCCUAUUAAUGCUCUUGAGCUGUCUGGUAAUUAAAAACCAUAAACAAUCUUCCUCUAUAUCUGUCCUUCAUGACAUGAACACAACAAAUAUGCCUCAAUCCACCCAACAUGUUUUAUUUCUGCUCAGUAAUGAGAUUCACAAGGUUUAAGUCUUCCAUCUGUGUUGCAUUUUGAGUUGUUCACUUCUGACGUCUGGAAUUUUUUCUUUAUUUCUUCUAAGAUAAGCUCUUGGGUUGUCCCAAAUGGGGGAUAGAAAGCUCAGAAGAGAAAUAACAGUAUGAUUGGAUCAACACUGUCUGAUACACGCUAACACUUCAGGCCUACAUUGACAGGAUUUUAAAAGACAAAUUAUAACAGUGUGUGUUGGUAAAUGGAGGGGUGUGUUGGUUUACACUUUGGACUCGAGUAGCGUUUGUCAUCGUCUGUGUACUCUGUCUUGUCUCCGUGUUUAAAAGAAAAAAAUAUAAUUAAUGACAGCGAACAAAUAUUCCUGAUGUUUAAAGAGAAAAACACUAAAGUACAGAGAGAAUUGUAAAAUAAAAAGUUGUUGAAUGAUGUGCAACUAGACUUAUUUUGUUAAAAUUGUGUAGAGAGGUGAGCGGGGCUAUGUAGAGAAUAUGAUGUAUUGAAUAUGCAAAGCGAUGUUUGGAUUAAAGUUGUAGCAAGCUGACCCACCA